AUGGCGCUAUCUAAACAAGAUCCGCGCUUGGCCUUUUACUGUGAAAAACAUGAUGAUAUAUCACACCUCACGAGACGAUAUGUUUUACUUUUUUAUUAUGAAGAUCAUUCCAUUGAAAUGCGAGAAAUGCCAAAUAAUGUUUUACACCUAAAACGGACACCCUUUCCACAUUUGAAAAAAGAUGAUUUUAACAUUGGUUCCGUAUUAACAAUAUUUGGUGGAAUAGUAACACUUACUGCAUAUGCGGAUGAGGUGACACGAGAAUUAUGCGAAAGGAAAAGUGAAUCUACUGUAAUACUUUUGGGUGAGUCUCUUCUCUCACAGAUGGGGCGAUGUUUAGCCAUUCUCACAGAAGAAUGUGGAUUCACCAUUUCCGCUAUGCAAAUGACUUGGACAAUGGAGGAUGCGGUAGCCAAUUAUGGUUUACCGGCAGAACUCGUUGGUGGUCGUGUUGUUGUGGUAAGAUGUGCCCGCACAGACGCUAUUCAAAAAGGUUUAGAUUAUGUGAAUCGUGUUCCUGGUGCACAUGCUGCACAUAAUGAGGAAGAGGCAAAACGAUGGAAUCAGUUAUUGGAAGAAGCCAGUAAACAACCUGUUGCUAUUUUCAAUGACUAUCGUUCUUCUGUUAUAAUUGUUAAACCGCAUGCUCUAAGGAAAAAAGCAGGUGGAAGUAUUAUUCAGCAUUUAUUGGAUGUAACUAGAUUAGAGUUAACAGCUCUAAUGCUUGUUAAUCUCUCAUCUCGUGUAGUAGAUGAGUUCUUGCAACCAUACAAAGGAGUACUUCCUGAUUUUGUUGAAACAGCAUCUGCAUUAACUGGACCUGUUUGGAUUCUUCAAUUGGUAUCUUUGAAUGAUGAUGUUGUUGAUGUCAUUUCCACUGUACGUGAGGUCUGUGGUCCAUUUGAUCCUUUUAUCGCAAAGGAAUUGAGACCAAAAACAAUUCGUGCUAUUUUUGGUGUAAAUCGUGCAGAGAACGCUGUUCAUUGUUGUGACCUCCCUGAUGAAGGACCACUCUACGCUGACUUUUUCUUCAAGAGAAAUGUACAGGAAGCUUGA